UUCAUCCCUAAUUUUUUCCAAUCAAUUGAUAAAAUGUCACAAAUUCAACGUAGGAAAGUAGAUUGGUCUUUACUUCCUCAAGAAUUACUCGAAAAAAUCGCCAAUUUCACCGGUUCUCGCUUCGAACGCCACCGUUUUCGAGCAGUUUGCAAGAAAUGGCGAUCUUCACACUCUUACCCAAUCACAACUUAUUUCUUAUACCCUGCACUCCCUAAAACAAUCCCAAUUCUCCCUUCCUCGAUUUUUAUCCGAUCAAAUCGGCCGAUCAAUUUUGUGGGUAGUGCCCUUUACCUCAUUCAACCCCCUCAAGAUUCAGACCCCAGUAUCUCUUCUAAAUCUUGGAUUGUAUCAGUUGAAGAAUUAAAUCGACGUCGGUUUCGUGUUCGUUUUCCUCUUUCCAAAAACCCCAUCAAAGAUCUCCCCAGUGAUUUCCCUAAAAAGCUCUGUACUUUUGAUUUCAAGGUAUCCCACAUUGGCGAAGGCCUUAACUUAUGCUUCUCUAAUGGCAAUGAAGAUGUCUACCAAUUUGAGGGUUUUGCUCCUUGUUCUAAUUAUCCUACAAAGAGUAAAGUAGUUUUGUUUCGAGACGAGGAUUCGCCUACUGAAGAUACUUGGUCUGUCAUGGUACUAUUGCUUAGUCAGGGUGGUAGUUUGGGUACUUUGAAGUUGGAUGGGCAGUGGAGUUUCAUUGAUCGUGGCCCGGGUUUUCGAUUCGACGAUGUUAUAAGCUUACGGCGAAAUGGACUACUUUGUGGUAUUGAUCGCGAAGGUACAGCUUAUCUUAUUGAUGGGAGUGAAUGUAGGGUCAUUGAAACUAUGAGUGUGCCUCUUUGUACUAUACAUGAUCAUUGUUAUGCAAGAGUUAGCCGUAAAUUCUUGGUGUUGAUUUAUAGUUUGGUGUUCAUGAUUGUUAGAAAUGAGGAAAAAUUCGAGGUUUAUUUGCUAAGAGAAGAAGAGCAUGAUUGGAUUAAAAUGGGUGAUAUGGGAGAUUGGAUUUUGUUUAUGACAUUCGAUAAUGUGUUUGCUGUUAAGGCUAAGGAAAUUCCGGGAAGUCGAGGGAAUUGUAUUGUGUUCCCUAAGAAUUUAUUUGCUUUACAUUCUCGAGAGUAUUGUAAGGAUUAUAAACUUUUUGAGGGAGUAAGCAAGUAUAUGGAGGUUGGUGUGUACUACUUGGAUGAGGAUCGUUGUCGCCCUUUAACUACUAAACCGGGCUUAUCUGAGUUGUUUUGGCCUCCGCCUUCUUGGCUUUUGCCCGAGGACUCUGAGGAAGAUGAAGAUAUGGAUUCCAACAGUGAUAUUGGUUCAAUGUCUUGCUCAGAAGCAGCAGAACCCUCUGCCGCUUUACAGUGUAUAGAGGAGGGCACGGGAGCUAUUCAGGCUCGUUCUCAGUCUGCCUGCCAAGGAAACGAAGCUCAGCAACGUAGUACUCCCAAGUCCUCUUUCCAGUGCAUAGAGGAGGGCGCAGGAGCUAUUCAGGCUUGUUCUCAGUCUGCCUGCCAAGGAAACGAAGCUCAGCAAGAAAUUCCAGAUGAGAACAGCAACGGUUCGGAUCCAGUAAAUAGUUUUCCAACUGAGACACCUGAAAACGUUGCAUCAGAAGAUAUAUUUGAAGGACUUGAAGUUAGCCCUGAUCUAAUUCCAGUGUUGCAAAAAAUAUGGGCUAAGUAUGGGAAUAUAAUCGAAGAUCAUGCAGUCUGCAGUAUUGGUCUCUUGACAUGGGCUUUAGAGUCCCUAGCAAAGAUGAUAGUUAUUCUCCAAGACAACACACGUGCAUCCUUGAACGAAUCUCAAGCUGACUACUUGAGAUCUACCCUAGUCGACCUUCAGUCGAUGAACUUUAAAUUAGACUGGCUAGUUCCCUAUGUUGAAAGAGCAAUAGCCCUUCACAACAACAAUGAGCAGGUGGAAGCUAUGCUUGAGCUUGAGACAACAUCCAAGCUGCGUGCUGAACUGCAUGAACUAGAAGAUAGAUUAGCAGAUCAGAAAAAGCUGAUCAAUGAGAGUGUGAUGGCCUCGACACCUUUAAUUCUAGAGAAGAAUUGUCCACUGUUUCUGAUUUAGGGUAAUAAGAAUUAGUCCUAAGCUGCUGCCAAAAAUUUGUACGGAGUAGUAAAACUAAAUAACUAAUGUUAGAAUUCUUAUUCUAUGAUCUAGAAUAUGUAAAUUUCCACUUUGCAAGACUUUGUAAAAUGUUCUAAUUACUCUUCUUUCCAGUCCAAUCUUUUACUCUUCAAUUAAAACCUUUAAAACUUUAAAUCCCAUCAAGUUUCUGAAUUGUAAACAUCAGUCAAUAAAUAAAUAUAUAUUCCAGUCCUUUACUUUGGCAACCAAUUUGGAUCUUUAAAAUACCAAUGCCUAUAUAUUGAAAAAAUUUAUAUAUACUAGGGUGUAAGGUGCAUCUAG